AAAUAAAGAAACCUAAAAUUCAAAAAAUUUUAAAACGUAAAAGACUAAAAGAAAUAUGAGGUUUGUUCCCUUAAAAAUUUACUAGAGCAGCUAGUGUGCAGGGAUGGACACACAAUGCAAAUUGAUUAGUAGAUUGAUUUAUCUAGUGUUGAUGCUGCUCGUUUCAACAGCUACUACGAAGAGAACCUUUUCAACAAUGAAACAUGCGAGAACGGAUUUACUCAACAAAAUGAGUGAUGAUUUUCUCGCCGAUUGCUCAAGUAUUUUAUUUGAAACAGUGUAUACUAUUGGUAUGGAUGUAGACUCCUUGAUGCAUUCCCUAAAUUAAAAUACAGUAAUGUACAGUUUAGAUUGCAAAAAAACUAUUAUCAUUAUAUUUUUUUUACGGUUCUAAUUUUCUAAUGAAAUGCGGCCCAAUGCUCUUCUGUGUUCUGGAUCCGCCACUGAACACGGAUUUUACCCGCGUUGACGGGUUGGGUCGGGUGGUGAUAAACCGUUAAUUGCACAUGUUUUUACCCCUAUUCUAGAGCCGUUUGAGGUGUUGAUUCUCGUGUUUUAGGCUGAUUUCACGCUAGGUUGUGCUUGUUUGUGAUAUUUCAGGUCCUAGUAAGUGAAUGAAGAUUUUGGAGCGAGUUCGGGGUCGAUUGGACGAAGAUCGGACGCGUGGUGAGUCGCAGAGGAAGCCACACGGGCACAAAUAAAACCCACACGGCCGUGUGAAGGAGCAAUGUGGCCGUGUGGGAUUAUGUGAGGCUUCACACGGGCAGACUGGGUGAGCCACACGGCCGUGUGUCCCUGGCCGUGUAGGUAGCCUGAAGUGCAAUUAUUGGAAACGCGGCGUUUUGUAUCUCACACGGGCAUCUGGGUAUGCCACACGGCCGUGUGGCCUGGUCGUGUGAUCGGGAAUUUCUGGUUAAAUCCCGAUUUUCAGUAGAAGGAAAGGAGAGAGCUGGGUUUUGGUUCCCAAACACCCAAGGGACGAACCCUAGAGAGAGAGAGCGACUUGGGAACAUUAUUGGAGCUAUUUUGGAGGAUUUCUUUGCCAUUGGAGCUCGGGAAUCAAGCUUGGAGAUGGAGAUUGAAGAUCUAGAUCAGAUUUCUGCAGUCUCUCUCUUCUCUAUGGAGUAACUUCCCUUCACUUAGGUUUUUAGGAACCCUAGUUCCAUGUGUUAGGAUCUUUCUUGUAUGAAGUUUUGGAUGCUAUAUUGUUUGAUUAUAAUCGAUUGAGGCAUUAUUUAUUGAGUCAAUUGAAGCCUGAUCAUCUUCUCUUGAUUUCUGCUUUAACCUAUGAUAGAUAGAAUCUGAUUAGGUUAAGAGAGCUUCCUUGAUUGAUAGUGGUGAAUUGGUUGUGCGAGAGUCAAUCAAUUCACUGCUUUGUACUGGAAUUCAUUCCAGUAGUGGAGAUCUGUGUGAAUCGCCUUAGCAGUCUAUCCCGGUGAAGGCUAGUCGCCUGCCGGGUAUACUGUCUUAGAGGGCUUGGUCAGCUUAAGAGAUUCCAACCUAAUUUAGGAUCUUCCGCAGUUUAAUCAACAGUAGAUCAACCAAAGGUAAUUGCAACUUGGACCUAAUUGAGGAGCUAGGGGGGAUCAUACCUAAGUGAGUUCCCAACUUGUAAUUAGUAGAGUAGUUAGUAGAGUAGUUUAGUAAAUCAAUCCUUAAUCUAGUUUGCUAGAUAAUGAACUGAAGCUGAGUAAUAGUAACUCUUGAGACCCGUGGAUUCGAUAUUUAUUUCUUGUGCCACUAUACUGCAGUCCCUUUCAUUGGUUACACUUGGCCAUUGUUAGGUGUUGUGUCGUAGCGUGUCAAGUUUUUGGCGCCGUUGCCGGGGACUUUCUAGAUUAUUAGGAAAGGCGGGAGUUUGUUACUUUAGCGUUUUUCUUUUGUUUUCCGCCCUUGCUUUUCACUUGGGUGUUUUUUGUUUUUGUUGGUGCAGAUCUGAAUCAUGGACCCUCAUGGCUUCUCCAACCAUUGGGGGUAUCCACCACCAUUCGAGUGGUAUUACCCCGAGACUCCCUGGAGUAACCAAGGAGGAGAAGACUAUGGAGUCGGGUUUCAGUACCAACCCCCCUACUACGAAGAACAAUCAGACCCCUGGGUAUUUCAAGAACAAUCUCCUUAUCAAGAAGAAUUCCUCCCACAACAAGAAGGACCAUCAGAUCUUGGGUUUGCCACAGCCUUCACGGACGAUCCGGCAGAGCCAUGCUACACUCCACAGCCGGAUCCAAACUAUCACUUGAGGCUUCUUGUGGAGCAGAUUGCUCGAGUACCUGAGAGAUCCUUUCCCGAGAUGGAUCCUCAUAUCCAGGCCAUUGCCCAAACCUACUUCUCAUUUCCCCAUGAAACAGAGGAUGCACUUCGGAGCAUAAAGGAGCACAUAGAGGUCAUUGAGAAAGCCUGUUCACAGUUUUCUCAAGACAACCUUUAUGCUGCCAUACAAGUAGAGGUGGAGGAAGAAGAAGGCAAUCAUGAGGAUGUUGAGGAGCAUACAGAAGUUGUCAAGAAAAGCUCACAUGAUAAUCAUGAUCAAGUGUAUCCUCUGGUGGUAGAUCACAACUUUCCCUAUUUCUGCUCUGACAUGCUGGGCCUGAGCGAGGAGAUGCAAGAUGAACUUAUUGAGAACCUUGCAUGGAGACUUGCUCUCCAAUCAGUUAUGGAAGAAGAAGAGAGAGAAAGGGUGAGGAAAGAAGUUGUGGAGGAUGAGGAAGAAAGCAAAGAAGAGGUAGUUCUUGAUCUUUUCCGAGGAGAGAGACCACAUUUUGAAGAAGGAAGGGGGGUUGAAGAAGCGAGUGGUGUCCAGGCUGAGGAUGAAAUUGAGGCGGAAGAGGCUUGCACCGGCCCUAUAAUACAAGUAAUAUCCCCACCAAACUUCGAGGAACUGCUUAGCAAGGACCCAUUUGCAGUGUCUCUUUGCCAGACCAAGGCCACAUCGACAUUGGUCCCUCUUGGUGGACGCGAUGGUGGCCAAUCGAUGCUGUCAUAUCUGGUUUGGGGCAAUGGAACGAGAGAAGAGAAGAAGAGGUCUCGAUGAUGGAGACUUCAUAUGCAUCAAGUGCACGAGCUUCCAUCACCAGUCAUACCACAUGCUCGUGACUUACGACUCCACCUCAUUGACGAGAACCUCAACUUUAAGGAGGUUCUAGCAUGGACCGAAACUUAGGAGCCAUCGUCCGGCUCACGACGUGAAAGAAGCGCUUGUUGGGAGGCAACCCAACCAGUCGGUUUGCAUUUCUUUCUCUAUUUCUCCUCGGUUGAGUCAGUUUUGUUAUUUGAUUUUAGAGUCAAUAACUCAACCUUUGUGAGAUUUUUUGUGGUGUUUAUGUUCUGAUUACUCUCUCUUUCUGGAAUGCACCGCCUGACCCGUCCAUCAUCAUUCACCCUUGAUCUGGUAACUUCGUUCUACCCUCCUUAUCUUUCCUCCAUUGAGGACAAUGUCGUGCUUAAGUGUGGGGGGGUGUUUGAUUAUGUAUGCGGGUGAAUGUUUGGCUGUUUGUGUGCUUGGAGCCUAGUCCGCUGUCCAAAUCUCGAGAUUUGAGGGCUCCAAGUACGGCUGUUUGAUCAUAUUGGCACUGUGUUUGGAUUGGUGAAUUGAAUGGUUUUCAGAUUAAUGCAUGACAACUGGAUGGUGACUAGGUCAACCUAUAAUGAUGACUGAGACGUGUAGUGGAAUUGUGUAGGGUUCACUCUUUGAACUGUUUGCUUACCAACUGUGACUUGGAUUUAUUACUUGUCUUUGACAGUCUCUUAUGCAUCUAGUUCAAGGAUCAGAAUGAGAGAUAGAGCAUAUAGGUAGCCAUGUGAGAUUUGAGCCUGCUCGUUUCUUUCUUGUGCGAUAGAUCCCUCUUCCAUGAUGUGUAGCAUUCACGUUGUCAUUAGCUAAGAUGAUGGAGGCAUAGGAUUAGCCCACGACCAAAUUGAUUGUCCUGGUGUGUCAUAUCCUCUAGUCAGCCCCUUUGAGCCGUGUGUUAUCCUUUCUUUCAGUCUACAAUGAAAAAUCACCCUUUUGCAUCUUGUAGAGGUUCCACAGAGUGGUUUUUACAUGUUCUCUGCUGUUUCUGCUAAAUAUAAUGAGGGUUGGAGGUAGUGCUUAAAAGUUGGGCAUAUGUUUGAAAUAUGUGCAGAGGUGGUGGUUCUCUUAACAAAUGGAAAAAAUGAAAGAAAAACAAAGAAAAAAAUGAAAGCUAAAGAGAGCCACCACCAAAAAUCUGAAUAGUGCCCAUUAAGUGGUGUUUCUUAGCAGUCUGGCUUAGAAAUACUAGCAUUUAUGUGACCUCCUUCGCUCUUGUGCUCUGAAGAAUUUGAGUAAUGCAGAAUAGCAGAAAGAAAGUACUGGUUUGAUUGACUGUGGGUUUGUUGGGUUUGGAAAUGUAGAACCUUGUGCUAUGAAUACUUCCACCAACUAAAAGGCCUUUUCCCCAUGUCCAAGACCCUAGUCAGUCACUUGAACCUGUGUCUAAGACCUCCGGAUUAGUUAGUGAUGACAACCAUUUAUGUGAACUCUAACAUUUAGAGGCUGCCGUCAUGGUGAAGAGAUGUUAGGAAUUGAGAGAAUAAGUAUGCGCAUUUUUCGCAUCAAAUUGUCCUGACCCCACUAGUCGAGAGUGAGCGAUUCAUUUCCUUGUUCUUUACACUCUUUACCCCGGUGAGGACCUAGAUGGCUCGGUCUUGAUUCUGAUGUCUUGAGGUUUAUGCAUGAGUUGACUGUUUUGAGUAAGUGGUUGAGUCAAGUCUAGGUUGGUUGAUGAACAGAAGGGAGACUUCUCCUUUACUCGACUUUGCUGCACUCGAAUGUCUUCUGUGGUGGUUGUCCAGGUUGCUAUUGAAGUUGUUCGUGUGUUGAUGUUUGAAAGCCAGUAUGAUUCACGUGUUCUGUGCCUAUAUGAUUUGUCCCCAAUGUUGGUAUGACUAAAAUAUGUGAGCUUGCCUUGUGUCUGACUUGGUUUGCUUGGGGACAAACAAACGGUUAAGUAUGGGGGAGUUUGAUAAACCGUUAAUUGCACAUGUUUUUACCCCUAUUCUGGAGCCGUUUGAGGGGUUGAUUCUCGUGUUUUAGGCCGAUUUCACUCUAGGUUGUGCUUGUUUGUGAUAUUUCAGGUCCUAGUAAGUGAAUGAAGGUUUGGGAGCGAGUUCGGGGUCGAUUGGAUGAAGAUCGGACGCGUGGCGAGUCGCUGGGGAAGCCACACGGGCACAAAUAAAACCUACACGGCCGUGUGAAGGAGCAAUGUGGCCGUGUGGGAUUAUGCGAGGCUUCACACGGGCAGACUGGGUAAGCCACACGACCGUGUGUCCCUGGCCGUGUAGGUAGCCUGAAGUGCAAUUAUUGGAAACGCGGAGUUUUGUAUCUCACACGGGCAUCUGGGUAUGCCACACGGCCGUGUGGCCUGGCCGUGUGAUCGGGAAUUUCUGGUUUAAACCCAAUUUUCAGCAAAAGGAAAGGAGAGAGCUGGGUUUUGGUUCCCAAACACUCAAGGGACGAACCCUAGAGAGAGAGAGAGAGCGACUUGGGAACAUUCUUGGAGCUAUUUUGGAGGAUUUCUUCGCCAUUGGAGCUCGGGAAUCAAGCUUGCAGAUGGAGAUUGAAGAUCUAGAUCAGAUUUCUGCAGUCUCUCUCUUCUCUAUGGAGUAACUUCCCUUCACUUAGGUUUUGAGGAAUCCUAGUUCCAUGUGUUAGGAUCUUUCUUGUAUGAAGUUUUGGAUGCUAUAUUGUUUGAUUAUAAUCGAUUGAGGCAUUAUUUAUUGAGUCAAUUGAAGCCUGAUCAUCUUCUCUUGAUUUCUCGUUUAACCUAUGAUAGAUAGAAUCUGAUUAGGUUAAGAGAGCUUCCUUGAUUGAUAGUGGUGAAUUGGUUGUGCGAGAGUCAAUCAAUUCACUACUUUGUACUGGAAUUCAUUCCAGUAGUGGAGAUCUGUGUGAAUCGCCUUAGCAGUCUAUCCCGGUGAAGGCUAGUCGCCUGUCGGGUAUUCUGUCUAAGAGGGCUUGGUCAGCUUAAGAGAUUCCAAGCUAAUUUAGGAUCUUUCGCAGUUUAAUCAACAGUAGAUCAACCAAAGGUAAUUGCAACUUGGACCUAAUUGAGGAGAUAGGGGGAAUCAUACCUAAGUGAGUUCCCAACUUGUAAUUAAUAGAGUAGUUAGUAGAGUAGUUUAGUAAAUCAAUCCUUAAUCUAGUUUGCUAGAUAAUGAACUGAAGCUGAGUAA